AUGGGCCACAUGUACCGAGGAUCCAAUAAAACAGCACGUCAGAUUGUUUCACCCUCAAUACCAUCAAAAUACCAAGCAGUGGUGAUAAUAAAUGAGGAGAAGAAGGGGUUUUCAUCUCAGACCAAGAGGUUUCCUUCGCUCUACUGUCUGAAUGAAACUCCAGGACCAGGCAGCUACGACUGUAUUUCCAGCGCUGAAGUCAGCAGUCCGUCUUUCUCAAAGAAAGGCACCUCCGGCUUUGUUGCAUCAAAGGCAGCCAGGAGCCUCCAGAGACGCAUCCCAGGACCAAACGUCUACAACCUGCAGAGUUCAUUAAUAAAAAAUAACGACUUCAACACCGGAGUGUCCAGAGUGUUCAGGCUUCCUGUGGUCGUGCAGCCGGAUGGUCCCAAACAUACAACUCCUGCUCCCAAUCAGUACGAUGUACGUAUUGUAGAGGCUGAUUGGAUCCUCUGA